AGUACGGAAGCUCUAAAAUCGAACUUUGGAUUGGAUUUAGAUUGCGAAAUUACGCUGUAAAACCACGUAGCUCAAAAAUGCCCAUUGAUACGCGGGAGUUGAUGGAGGCGAUUGCCAUUGUGGCCGACGAGCGGAAUGUUCGUGUCGCCGUAAAGCAGUCUGGCAAGGGAGCAGCUAUUUGUGGAGCCUGCGCCUUCGCUGGCGGAAUGCUUAUGGGCCCUGUGGGUCUGGCAGUUGGCGGUGCGGCCGGUGGCAUUGCGGCGUACAAAAUGACUAGCGGUUCAUUUAGGCCCCUUGGCGAAGUAAUACUCAACGACCUGACGGACAGACAGCGCGAGCACUUGGUGCAGCAUGUGUCCAAGGCCGUUGCUGAGAUACAUCCCACCGACAUAGUGAUGCUGCUGCCGCUGAUAGUCCAGAAUGCAUCGAUACAACAAGCUGUUCUCAAUACCGUCAUGUCAUUUGUAACAAAUGAGCUGCGAAUGCAAAUUAUUGAUUGACGAUCUGUAGUUGAAGCUCAUGCCAUUUGCGUAAUUCAAUGGACAAAUAUAGCCAGUAAUGUUGUGAUUUGUAGGUUUAUUAAUAAAUACUUUGUAUUUACAAUCCA